AGAUAGUCUACCAGCCACGCUGGACUGCGCUGGGUUGGCGUAUCUUGCGUAAUAAUCGUCGGGUAAUCGGGUUAAUUUCUUGGAAUGUUGUUAUUGUUGUGUUGUGCGUACUUUCCGACUUGCCGGGCGUCAGUAAUGAAGUUGUGCUGCUGGGCUAUGCUGCUAUGAAGUUGAAGUUGCUAAGUCAUGGUGAUGUAGAAAUCGCGCAGCGCGCAUAUAAUGCAUCUACUGUGAUGUGAAUGCCCUCGUCAUUGCGAAACGCGCGGCGUUCAGGCGCACACAGCACAGGAGCCAGCUUCAAACGAGGUAUUGUGCAUCUGAAUGUGUCUAAAAUGUAUCCGAAAAAAGUCACUCGUUUUAUUGAAUAGGUGCGAUGUAAUAUAAAAGUGAAGUGGCAAGUUUUAUUUUUGUGCCGACAUAAGGUCUACGCGGUUGCGUCAUCAAAGGACAACUGCGUUCGCAGUUUGACAACCUGAUUUCCAUACUGACAGUCAGUGAGCCGAAUGUGUCGUAGCCACAUUGUUUUCUGUGUCCCUAACCGCGAAAAGAACAUUAGAUGGAAACUACUAUUUUGGAAUAAAUCCCUGUAGCCUAAAAUAUAAUAUAGCAGGGGAGACAAACAGAAGCCACCAGAUCAUCCCUGAUGUCAUCUAUCUUGGACAUAAUGGAUUUAGAGGACAACAAGUGAAGAAUGACCAACCAAUGAUUCAUUCCUGAACCCCAGAACUGGAGGCCCAACACCAAAGGACCAAGCUGGAAUCGCAUGGACUAAAUCAGGAAUAUCUGCUCUAAAGAUGGAAUCUCUGGAUUAAACUAGAACUCCAUGGACUAAAUAGGAAUAGUUCUUAAACCAGGAAUAUCAGGACCAAAAGCUGAAAUAUCACGGACUAAUUUAGGGAUUUCUGGACUGAAAUUGGAAUCUCUGGACUGCAUUUGGAAUUGCUGGGCUGAACUAGAAGUCUUUGUGUGAUAUCAGUAUUCUUAGCACCAUGACAGUUUUUUUCUGUGAUAUCUGACUGACUAGCGUAGAUUAUGUGUGUGUUGUAACAGGCUAGUCACUAGAUGGCUAUGCUAGAGAGGUGACAAUAUUAUCAACACAUUGACUCAGGAGGAAGUACUGCCACCAGUGAUGGAUGGAAGUUAUAAUCAUCAAAUCGGACAAAUGGAGGGGAUGCUGUGCCCCAGGAAGAAGCGCCUCAACAGGGAUGCAGAUUUCUCUGCCAUCGCGGUGCCUUCGAUGCGGGGGUCUGGGUACCUGGACUACACCAUAGAGACCCACCCCUCCAGAGCCCUGCAGGCCAUGGAGGACUUCAGAAGGCACGAGAUGCUGUGUGACAUCACCCUACACGUCACCUAUAAGGACACGACCGUUGACUUCAAGGUGCAUAAAGUGGUGCUGGCAUCCUGCAGCCCAUACUUCAAAGCCAUGUUCACCAGCAGCUUUAAGGAGUGCCACGCCUCUGAGGUGACUCUACGUGAUGUCUGCCCCCUGAUGGUAGGGAGGCUCAUUGACUUUGCCUACACCUCACGCAUCACCGUGGGGGAGAAGUGUGUACUGCACCUCCUACUGGCCGCCAUGAGGUACCAGAUAGAAGACGUGGCUAAGGCUUGCUGUGACUACCUCACUAAAAACUUGGAGCCUGCCAACGUGAUCGGCAUCGCUCGCUUCGCUGAGGAGAUUGGCUGCACCGAGCUGCAUCUGAGGAGCCGCGAGUACAUCAACACACACUUCAACGAGGUAACCAAAGAGGAGGAGUUCUUCAGUCUGUCUCACUGUCAGCUGUUGGAGCUCAUCAGCCAAGACAGCCUCAAGGUGCUCUGUGAGUCAGAGGUGUACAAGGCUUGUACAGACUGGGUGCGAUGGGACGUGGAGAGCAGAGCUCCGUAUCUCCACGCUCUCCUCAAUGCUCUCCACGUCUACGCUCUGCCUCCCAAGUUCAUCAAGAUACAGCUCCAGUCCUGCCCCAUCCUCAGCAAGGCCAACUCCUGUAGAGACUUCCUGUCUAAGAUAUUCCAGGAAAUGGCGUUGAGGAAGCCCCUCCCCCCUGCGCCUCACCGUGGAACACAGCUUAUCUACGUAGCCGGAGGGUAUCGGCAGCACUCUCUGUCUUCUAUGGAGGCCUAUGACCCUGGUAGGAACGUCUGGCUGAAGCUAGCUGACAUGGGCUCUCCCUGCAGUGGCCUGGGCUCCUGUGUGCUGUUUGGCCUGCUCUACACGGUGGGAGGCAGGAACCUGUCCCUACAGAACAACACUGAGUCCAGCUCCCUGUGCUGCUACAACCCCAUGACCAAUCAGUGGAGCCAGCACGCCUCCCUCAACACCCCCAGGAACAGAGUGGGGGUGGCCGUGGUGGACGGGAGCAUUUACGCCGUGGGGGGGUCCCAGGGGUCCACACAUCAUAACACUGUGGAGAGGUAUGACCCAGAGGCGAACCGCUGGGUGUUCGUGAGCCCCAUGUCAGUAGCCCGUCUGGGGGCAGGGGUAGCAGGUUGCGGGGGAUCUCUGUACGUGGUCGGUGGGUUCGACGGCCAGAACCGCUGGAACACAGCAGAGAGGUUCCACCCCGAUUCCAACACCUGGCACCAACUGGCCCCCAUGACCACUGUACGCAGUGGACUGGGUGUGGUGUGUGUGGACUCGUACCUGUAUGCAGUAGGAGGGUAUGACGGUCAUACCCAGCUCAGCUCCAUGGAGAGGUACAGUGUAACCAGAGAUGUGUGGGAGCCAGUGGCCUCCAUGCAGCACUGCCGCAGCGCUCACGGGGUCACCAUCUACCAGGGACGCAUCUUCAUACUGGGUGGUUUUAACGCCACAGGGUUUCUGUCUAGUGUUGAGAGUUACUGCCCUGACACCAACCAGUGGACGUCCAUCACCAACAUGUUGCUAGGACGCAGCGGAAUGGCCGUCGCAGUAACAAUGGAGCCCUGCCCCGGCAACCUGCCCGAGGAGGAAGAAGAAGAAGAAGUGACAUAGAGUUAGAGCGAGGAGACAUGACUCUUAACUCUUCAUAACUCUUUUUAUAUCUGACUCAACAUGGCGACAGAGCAGGACUUGUUGCAAUAGAAUGAGUAGAAAGGACAAAGCUCUUAGAUCACUUUUAUCCAAAGCCACAAAGUUUGCAUUAACCAGGAAUGUCUGUUCUGAUCAUUCUAAUUCUAUGUGGAGUCAGUAGGAAGUGGACCAGGGGGAGGAAGUGACCUAUCAAUGACUUCAAAGUGACCUCACCAUUAUUAGGGUGCUACAGACAUAGAGUUAGGAGUUAGAAUACUAGAAUGGACAUGAACCUUCGUAUGAUGCCAUUAUAAGACACAUUGCCUGAAUCACUAAAUGGGCUGUCACUCCCAAACAGAAGACAAUUGCAUUGGUAACAAUUUAUUUUUAAAUGUAUCAACUUAAAUUUAAGGAACACCUAACUUUAUAAGACUCACAUUACUUAUUUCGACAACAGCAGCCAUGACACAUUCCAAGGGUACAUGAGGUUAGAGUAAGAUCUUUCAGCUACAAAGACCCAACUGACUGUAAUCACAGUGAAUUUAAGAGCCAUUUUUCAAAUGUUAAGAACGAACAGUUUGUGUUAACAAGCUUAUAGAAACAUCACCAUGUGAAGAUAUUUGUAUGUAAACUCAUCAAAAAAAGAAACGUCCCUUUUUCAGGACCCUGUCUUUCAAAGAUAAUUCGUAAAAAUCCAAAUAACUUCACAGAUCUUCAUUGUAAAGGGUUUAAACACUGUUUCCCAUGCUUGUUCAAUGAACCAUAAACAAUUAAUGAACAUGCACCUGUGGAACGGUCGUUAAGACACUAACAGCUUAUAGACGGUUAGCAAUUAAGGUCACAUUUAUGAAAACUUAGGACACUAAAGAGGCCUUUCUACUGACUCUGAAAUACACCAAAAGAAAGACGCUGUUACGGCUUUCGCUUUCCUCAUCCUCGGAUGAGGUGAGGAGAGAAGGAUCUUCUGACCAAAAUGCGGGUUCAGGGAAAUAUGCCAUCUUUAUUAUAUAUUUGACAGCCACGAAACAAAACAAAACACUUUCAAAACUACAAAAUAACAAAACGACGUAGAACGGAACCUGAACAUAAACUCACAUCACAAACGUAAACUCACGGACAGGAACGUUACAUCGAAACACACGAACAGCCAAACAGUCCCGAUUGUGAAAAUACAUCGACAACGACGAAGACAUCACAGGAGACAAUCACCCACAAACAAACAGUGAGAAUGCCCUACCUAAAUAUGACUCUUAAUUAGAGGCAAACGCAAACCACCUGCCUCUAAUCAAGAGCCAUACCAGGCAAACAAAACCAACAUAGAAACAGAUAACAUAGACUGCCCACCCAAAACACAUGCCCUGACCAUAAACACAUAAAAACAACAUAAAACAGGUCAGGACUGUUACAGACGCCCAGGGUCCCUGCUUAUCUGCAUGAACGUGCCUUAGGCAUGCUGCAAGGAGGAAUGAGGACUGCAUAUGUGGCCAGGGCAAUAAAUUGCAAUGUCCGUACUGUGAGACGCCUAAGACGGUGCUACAGGGAGACAGAACGGACAGCUGAUCGUCCUCGUAUUGGCAGACCACGUGUAACAAGACCUGCACAGGAUCGGUACAUCCGAACAUCACACCUGCGGGACAGGUACAGGGUGGCAACAACAACUGCCCGUGUUACACCAGGAACGCACAAUCCCUCCAUCAGUGCUCAGACUGUCCGCAAUGGCUGGACUGAGGGCUUGUAGGCCUGUUGUAAGGCAGAUCUUCACCAGACAUCACCGGCAACAACGUCGCCUAUGGGCACAAACCCACCGUCGCUGGACUAGGCAGGACUGGCAAAAAGUGCUCUUCACUGACGAGUUGUGUUUUUGUCUCACCGGGGGUGAUGGUCGGAUUUGCAUUUAUCGUCGAAGAAAUAAGAUUUACACUGAUAUUCUGGAGCGCGAUCGAUUUGGAGGUGGAGGGUCUGUCAUGGUCUGGGGCGGUGUGUCACAGCAUCAUCGGAUUGAGCUUGUUGUCAUUGCAGGCAAUCUCAACGCUAUGCGUUACAGGGAAGACAUCCUCCUUCCUCAUGUGGUACCCUUCCUGCAGGCUCAUCCUGACAUGACCCUCCAGCAUGACAAUGCCACCAGCCAUACUGCUCGUUCUGUGCGUGAUUUCCUGCAAGACAGGAAUAUCAGUGUUCUGCCAUGGCCAGCGAAGAUCCCGGAUCUCAAUCCCAUUGAGCACGUCUGGGACCUGUUGGAUCGGAGGUGAGGGCUUGGUGGAAGAGUAGGGUAACAUCUCGCAGCAAGAACUGGCAAAUUUGGUGUAGUUUAUGAGGAGGAGAUGCACUGCAGUACUUAAUGCAGCUGGUAACCACACCAGAUACUGACUGUUACUUUUGAUUUUGACCCCCCCUUUGUUCAGGGACACAUUAUUCCAUUUCUGUUAGUCACAUGUCUGUGGAACUUGUUCAGUUUAUGUCUCAGUUGUUGAAUCUUGUUAUGUUCAUAUAAAUAUUUACACAUGUUAAGUUUGCUGAAAAUAAAUGCAGUUGACAGGGAGAGGACGUUUCUUUUUUUGCUGAGUUUAUUUAUAUAUUAUAGGUAGUUUUAGUAGUUGUAUUAGUAGUUGGAGCAGUAGUUUUACUUGUAGCCCUAUUAUGCUAUUAAUGUAUGUUUUUUUGGUAUAUAUUUUGUUAUUAUUAGACAGUAGUUGCCAUAUUAUUCUCGUUACUAAGUAUUGUUUGUUCCGUUUUUUUUUAUUUGGACACUUGAAAACGACAUGGUGCAUCUCGAGAGAUUUCGUCCUGCAAAAUUUCAAACACUAAAAUGUAUGUAAACAGACCAUCAAUGUCUACAUUUGUUUUCUUGGACAACAGAGUGAUAUUAUAUCAGUACUUGUUGCAUUUACAACUUGUCUAAAUCUUACAGAUAAAGGUCAGCCAUUUUGGUCAGGGAGUUUGUCAACCAUGGUUUGCCAGUGCUGUGAUAAGAUAGUGUCAAAUAAUGAAUUUGAAGAAUGUAUCUGCACUCUAUGUGUGUUUGCUUGACAACUAAUUUUAGAGGAAUGAUUCUAUAAAUGUUUCAAAUUAAUUGCCAAUAUGCCAACAUUCUAUUCAAACAAUACAGUCAAUCCACAGCCAUAUACCGGGUGAAAUCAGUAGAUGAUAGGCUCUAGACAAGUUGUAAAUGCAACAAGUCCUGAUAUUGUAUCAUAUAAUAUCACUCUGUUGUCCAAGAAAACAAAUGUAAACAUUGAUGGUCUGUUUACAUACAUUUCAGUGUUUCUUUUUUUUACUGCAAAUGGUAUAAAACCCGUAUAAACUGUAUUUAUGAUUAUAUGACAAUAUUUUAGGGUGACAGUAUUACAUAAUUUCCAAUAUAUCACAUUCUUUACUUAAAUUUUCCAGCAUACAUAAAACCAGGAUUAUGCCUUUACUGCCAUUCAUUCCAAUUAUACUGGUUUGGUUUUCUCCCUGACCACAAUGGCUGCCAUUUUCACUCUAUUCUGGAACUUUGAGGGUUUAUGACAUAGCCCCUCUAGUAAUUUAAUGGAAUUUAUUUUGCUACAGAACUUAUACCCUGCAUACCACUGCUGGCUUGCUUCUGAAGCUAAGCAGGGUUGGUCCUGGUCAGUCCCUGGAUGGGAGACCAGAUGCUGCUGGAAGUGGUGUUGGAGGGCCAGUAGGAGGCACUCUUUCCUCUGGUCUAAAAAAUAUCCCAAUGCCCUAGGGCAGUGAUUGGGGACACUGCCCUGUGUAGUGUGCCGUCUUUCGGAUGGGACGUUAAACGGGUGUCCUGACUCUCUGAGGUCAUUAAAGAUCCCAUGGCACUUAUCGUAAGAGUAGGGGUGUUAACCCCGGUGUCCUGGCUAAAUUCCCAAUCUGGCCCUCAAACCAUCAUGGUCACCUAAUAAUCCCCAGUUUACAGUUUACAAUUGGCUCAUUCAUCCCCCUCCUCUCCCCUGUAACUAUUCCCCAGGUCGUUGCUGCAAAUGAGAACGUGUUCUCAGUCAACUUACCUGGUAAAAUAACGGUAAAAUAAAUAAAUCUCAGAGACUCUUCUAAUUGA